UCCUCCUGGGCUGGACCGCUCUCUGGUGGCCGCCUCUCGAAGUCCGCAUCCUCGGUAGGCGUCGGUCCCUGGCAAGGUCAGGACAUCUUUGCCUAGCUCCCUCUUGGAAGAAGCAGUGUGAUGUGUGGAUCGUGAACUUCCUCAAGCAAAUUAGGCUCUUCAUAAGGCACAGCUGGGUGCCAGGACAGAGAUGGAAGAACCAGUACCAGUGGAAGGCCAGGGCCAGCUCCCUAGCCCCCACCACGGCUCUUUGAGAAGGGCUGUGGCUGCUGCCCUGGCCCUGGAUGGGGAAUCCACCAUGGGUAGAAAGAAAAAGAAGAAGAAAGAGUCCCGCCCAGAAUCUAUUAUCAUCUACCGGUCUGAUAAUGAGAACAUGGAUGAGGAGCCGGAGGAAGCAGAAGGUGCAGAUCAGCCCAAAGAGGAGGAGGGAGAGGAUUUCCUAGACUAUCCCAUGGAUGACGGUAUGUGGAACAUGCCUUUGGACAGCCGCUAUGUCACAUUAACUGGGACCAUCACACGAGGGAAGAAAAAAGGGCAGAUGGUGGACAUUCAUGUCACGUUGACAGAGAAAGAGCUGCAGGAACUGACCAAGCCCCAGGAGGCCUCAAGAGAAACAGUACCUGAGGGAAGAAAGGCUUGCCAGGUGGGGGCAGACCAGGGACCCCACGUGGUCCUCUGGACGCUGGUCUGCCUACCUGUAGUUUUCAUCCUCUCUUUCAUUGUCUCUUUCUACUAUGGUACUAUCACUUGGUACAACAUCUUCCUUGUGUACAAUGAGGAGAGGACCUUCUGGCACAAGGUCUCCUACUGCCCUUGUCUCAUUCUCUUCUAUCCAGUGCUCAUCAUGGCCAUGGCUUCUUCCCUGGGCCUCUAUGCUGCUGUGGUCCAGCUCUCGUGGUCCUGGGGAGCAUGGUGGCAAGCUGCCCGGGACAUGGAGAAAGGCUUCUGUGGCUGGCUCUGUAGCAAGCUGGGUCUAGAGGAUUGUUCUCCCUACAGCAUUGUGGAGCUGCUUGAAUCUGACAACAUCUCAGGCAACCUCUCCAACAAGGACCCUACCCAGGAAGUAGAAACCUCUACUGUCUAAACUGCCAACAACUUUCUUUUUUCUCUGGCCUCAGUGGCCUACAUAUUUCCAGCAGAUUUUUUUUCUUUAUUGGUAGCUAUAAUCCAAGAAAUGUGGGACCAAAUGUGACAGGGAUA